UGUAUGCGUGUUUUAAAUAUGAGUAAUAAAUUAGGUUAGACUAAAUGGAUUAUAGUUUAUUACGGUAUUUGCGUAAAAAUUAUAAAUGGCAUUACAUAAACCAUCAGAGAUUGAAUUGCGUAAAGUUCUUAAAGAUAUUCAAAAUGGAAAUCACACUAUUUUAAAAGAUUUCUUAAAGAGUUCACCCAAUGUCCAUUGGAGUUCAAUACAUAUCGAUAAACAAGGGAAUACAAUUCUUCAUUUGGCUGCUAGAUUAGGAAAUACUAAUGUUAUCACGUAUCUUAUGGAAAAUUUUCACCCGAAAGCAGUAAAUUGCAAGAAUAAAGAUGAUAAAACUGCUCUACAUGAAGCUGCCCAAUUUGGACAAUUUGAGAGUUCUAAAAUACUUUUGAAAUAUGGUGCAGAUGUUAACGCUCUAAAAAGAGCUGACUGGACUCCACUAAUGUUAGUUUGUACGAAAAUAAAUAGCAACGAAAAUUACAAAAUUUUAGAUCUCUUUUUGAAAGGAGGUGCUUUAGUUAACUGUAGGAAUAAAGAUGGAUGGACGUGUUUACAUUUGAUUUGUAGAGAAGGUAACGUAGAAAUGUUGGAGCUUCUCGUCAAGUCGGGAUUAAAUUUAACAGUGAAAUCAAAAAAUGGACGAACUGGUUUGCAUGUGGCAGCUUUACAUGGACAUUCAAAAAUUAUAAAUAAAUUAUUAGACUUGAAUAGUAAUGUUAACGAAAUUGAUUCUAUCGGCAAUACACCAUUGCAUGAAGCAGUUUUAGGAGGACAACUAGACAUUUGUAGAAUUCUUAUCAAAAGAGGAGCUGAUAUAUCUUGUAAAAAUAAUCUUAAUCUUACUUUAUUACAUUUAGCAUCCUCGCAAGGAAAUAUAGAAAUGAUUAGUUUUAUUUUGAAAGAUUUAAUGAUAAAUAUAAACGAAACAUGCAAAACUGGUUUAACGCCUCUACAUUGUGCAGCCAAAAAUAAUCAUAAAGAAGCAUAUGAAUUUUUAAUAAAGCAAGGUGCCGAUACAAAUAUACUAGAUAAAUUUCAUAGGAAAGCAUCAGAAUAUUUUUCUUGAUGAGUUAAAUUUAAUUAUUUAAUAUAUAUCUUAAAUUUUAUUAGUUUUUUUUAUAUAUGAGGAAAUAGAUCAUAGCUAAUUGGGAUUAUGUAAAAAAUGAAAAACCAAUUAAUUUAUUAUUAUUAAGACAAAUAAUUCUCCUGUAUUAUGCAACAAUGUUCUUAUUUGUUUUUGUUAUAUAAUUUGGCUUACAUACAGUGUGUCCUAUUUAUUUAUAUAUGCGUGUAUACAUAUUUAUAUUGUUACAUUAUCUGAUUAUUGUUUCACUUUUUAUUUCAUAAUUUUCAUUACUUGUCUACCUUCAUCAACGUUUGAGUUAGAGUGUACCAUAUAUUUUUACUUUGAUAAAGAUCAAAUAAAAGAUCGAAACGUUAACAUUUUA